GAUCAAAAUUGUCCUACACACCGAUUAACUGGUUACGCUGCGAGCUGUCAGACCACAAGCAGGCACGGCGGACGGAAAUUAUAAUUCAUUCUCAUCUGUUAUCCGACUGCAGUCGGCAAAAUGUUCGAGGAGGCGAGCGAAGUGUUCGAUAACAUGUUUAAAUCUUCCUUCCCCCUCACCUUCAUCGUUUUUAUCCCCGCGGUGCUCAUCCUGGUGUCACCACUCCCGGCCGAAGCCGCACAUGAAUUCACGGUGUAUCGCAUGCAGCAAUAUGACCUGCAGGGACAACCUUACGGUACCAGAAAUGCCAUCCUGAACACCGAAGCUCGUACUGUGGAGGCGGAGGUGCUAAGUCGCCGCUGUGUCAUCAUGCGACUAGUGGACUUCUCCUAUGAAAAAUAUCAGAAAGCCUUGCGCCAGUCGGCAGGGGCUGUGGUGAUCAUCCUGCCUCAAAACAUGUCCUCUAUGCCUCAGGACAUAGUGCAGCAAUUCAUGGAGCUCGAGCCGGAGAUGUUGUCCACAGAGACCAUCGUCCCCGUCUACUUUGCCAUGGAGGAUGACGAACUGCUGUCCAUUUACACGCAAACCCUGACCUCCUCCUCCUCCCAGGGAGCCUUGUCUGCAGCUGAAGUAUUGCUGCAUACGGCCACAGCCAAUGGCUUCCAAAUGGUCACCAGUGGUGCUCAGAGCAAAGCGAUGAGUGACUGGGCCAUCACCAGUCUGGAAGGACGCUUGACUGGUGUCGGAGGAGAGGACCUACCGACAAUCGUGGUGGUGGCUCAUUACGACUCCUUUGGAGUUGCUCCGUGGCUGUCCUAUGGCGCAGACUCAAAUGGAAGCGGAGUUUCCAUGUUACUGGAGCUGGCCCGUCUCUUCUCGAAACUGUACACCUACAAGAGGACACAUGCUGGAUACAACCUGCUGUUCUUUGUUUCUGGUGGGGGGAAGUUCAACUACCAGGGCACCAAACGCUGGCUAGAAGACAAUCUGGACCACACAGAUUCUAGUCUUCUCCAGGACAAUGUUGCCUUCGUGCUAUGUCUUGACACUUUGGGCAACGGAGACGCUCUCCACCUGCACGUAUCCAAACCUCCAAAAGAGGGAACUCCUCAAUAUGCUUUGCUCAAGGAGCUGGAGACGGUGGCGGCCAGCCAAUACCCGGGGAUGAAGUUCUCCAUGGUCCACAAGAAAAUCAACCUGGCUGACGACAUGCUGGCGUGGGAACACGAGCGCUUCGGGAUCCGCCGCCUGCCGGCCUUCACGCUCUCGCACCUGCCCUCGCAUCGCCUGGCUCAGCGCUCCAGCAUCAUGGACGUGCGGUCAGUGUCUUCCUCCCCUCGCUACGGAGCAGGAGAGCCCCCUGCUGGGCCGCACGUAGACAUCGAGAAGUUGAGCAGGAACACAAAGGUGGUGGCAGAGGCUCUAGCCCGAGUCAUCUACAACCUCACAGAAAAGGGAGCCUCCAGCGGCCUGCACAUCUUCACUGAACAAAUGCAGGUACAAGAUGAGCACCUGUCCGCCAUGGUGGACUGGCUCUCGGCUCAGCCACGGGCAGCCCAGCUGGUGGACAAGGACAGCAGCGUGGUGUCCACUUUAGAGUACCACGUGGGCCGCUACCUCAAGGAUGUCAAGAAACAUUACGUCAAAGCAGACAAGCGGGAUCCAGAGUUUGUUUUCUACGACCAGCUCAAGCAGACCAUGAAUGCUUACAGAGUCAAGCCCGCCAUCUUUGACCUGCUGCUGGCUGUCUGCAUUGCUGCCUACCUGGGCGCCAUGUAUUUUGCCAUCCAGAACUUUGGAAUGUUAUACAGCAUUGCGCGGAGAGUCACCCAGCCCAAAGUGAAGGCCCAUUAAAGACAACAAUAACACAUUCCCACCCCACAAACUUUCUGUUUGUUGUUUUCGACAUCCACUCAGGGUGCUUUUCAAAGCCGCCCCAAGUCAUUCCCAUCAUCCUCUACGACACGCCUUCCUGUCCUCGCCACCAUCUUGAAAACUGCAUGCUACCAGAAGUAGUUUGACACUCCCCCUCCCUCCCCACUUCAACUCUUACCUUCACCAAUGCACUGAUGUCACUGGCAGCUGGAGGGACACCAAUCUGUCUUACUGCAUUUAAUUGUUUGGCACUUCUUUAAAACAACAAACAGUCCUUUGAGUGAAACUACGUGAAAUAGGUUGGAUGUUUUUGAAUCCAUCCAAUUCAUUCCAACUACAAACUACAGCAUUUGCCCACAUGGUGUGCUCAUGUCAAGAUAUUCACUACAGUUUGUCCCCCUUAAAAGACAAAAAAGAUACAGUAGAGCUUAGUCAAACUCAACCCCUUAAAAGUGAUUCAAAUUGUGUGUAUGUGGCUUAAUGUUUGUUAUUCUGACCUUCCCAAUGUCCCAUGUUUGAAUGCAGCCAAAGGCAAAAUGCACAAGUCAAUUUUCUUGUCUAAUAACAUCUUUGUGUGUAGGAGUGCAUCUGCAACUUGAUAAAUUACUGUUUUCUUUGUUAUCACUGUGCGUUACCAUGAACCUUUGCUGAUUAUGACAAACGUGUAAGUGUGCAUGUUGUGUCACUUAAGUGGACACAGCCACAGAAGGGGGUGGGGGGUGAACAGGUGCCUGGUGAUAAGCAAAAUCUUCAGAAUAAUUUUUUUUUCAACUGUGAGCUGCAGGUUAUUUUGUGUGUGUGUUUUUACUGCAUGACUUGUUCUUCUUCCUCAAAUCAAAAGCCACACUUUCAUGACAGUUAAUUUAUUGAACAUUGGUGGAACCUGAAUAAUGAUCUUUGCAAAAAAAAAGUGAUUAAAAAAUGAUGACAU